AUGGGCCUCUUGGUCAAUCAUACCAAGAGCUCCGUCUUGUCGAUGGUGCCAGACGGGAAGCGCAAGAAGCACCACUAUCUGACCGGGAAGAAUUUCCGGAUAGGUCGGAAGUGGCUGCCUCAAACCUCUUGCGUGGAACGUUGGCGCUAUCUGGGCAUCGACUUUCAGGCGUCUGGAUGCGUGACGUUAGAGCAUAAUAUCAAAGUUGCCUUGACCAACAUCUCAAAGGCACCCCUCAAGCCGCAGCAGCGGCUCGAAAUUGUGAGGGGACACCUUAUUCCGAGAUUUUUGCAUGGCCUUGUGCUAGGUAAUAUCUCGGAUGAUAGGUUGUGUAUGCUCGACGUCCAGAUCCGGGGUGCGGUUAGGACUUGGCUGAGGCUCCCGAAGGACGUGCCUGUCGGGUACUUCCAUGCCGACAUCAAGGACGGCGGCCUAGCGAUCCCAUCGCUUCGGGCGACCGUCCCGGACCUCAUACUUAAGAGGUUCGGGCGGCUCGACUCGUCGAGUUGGUCAGUGGCAAAGGCCGCCGCCAGAUCCGAAAGGAUCCGUAAGAAGUUGAGCUGGGCCGACAAGCAAUUCCGAAAGUUCACCAGAGAGGAUCCGGUCACGGGCCUUAGGUCCGUCGCACGGUUUUGGCGCGAGAGACUGUGGAGCUCAGUGGACGGGUUCGAGUUGCGCGAAUCCGCCCGCACUCCCGCGUCCACGAAGUGGAUUCGGGAGGAGUCUUCGCAUGUCUCUGGUCGGGACUUCGUGCAGUUCGUCCACACACACAUUAAUGCCCUCCCGUCACGGGUUCGGACAUCCAGAGGGCGCAGGAUUGGUCGUGAGGCGGAGUUGAACUGCCGCGCCGGGUGCGUGGUUAGGGAGACGACGGCUCACACCAUCCAGCAAUGUUGGCGGACGCACGGGGGCCGGAUAUUGCGCCACGAUCGUGUUGUGAAGCUAGUAGCAGACGCGAUGGCUUCAGACCAAUGGUCGGUGGUGACGGAGCCACAUGUCAAGACCUCGAAAGGCCUUCGGAAGCCCGACAUAGUAGCCGCUAAAGGGGGCGUCGGAGUGAUCGUGGACGUGCAGGUGGUCUCGGGCCAGCGGCCUCUCGAUGAUGCUCACCGCUCAAAGGUAGGGAUGCAGGAAUCCAUCGACCGUGUGUUCGAGGUUGCGUCGUCGAUGGGCCUCUUGGUCAAUCAUACCAAGAGCUCCGUCUUGUCGAUGGUGCCAGACGGGAAGCGCAAGAAGCACCACUAUCUGACCGGGAAGAAUUUCCGGAUAGGUCGGAAGUGGCUGCCUCAAACCUCUUGCGUGGAACGUUGGCGCUAUCUGGGCAUCGACUUUCAGGCGUCUGGAUGCGUGACGUUAGAGCAUAAUAUCAAAGUUGCCUUGACCAACAUCUCAAAGGCACCCCUCAAGCCGCAGCAGCGGCUCGAAAUUGUGAGGGGACACCUUAUUCCGAGAUUUUUGCAUGGCCUUGUGCUAGGUAAUAUCUCGGAUGAUAGGUUGUGUAUGCUCGACGUCCAGAUCCGGGGUGCGGUUAGGACUUGGCUGAGGCUCCCGAAGGACGUGCCUGUCGGGUACUUCCAUGCCGACAUCAAGGACGGCGGCCUAGCGAUCCCAUCGCUUCGGGCGACCGUCCCGGACCUCAUACUUAAGAGGUUCGGGCGGCUCGACUCGUCGAGUUGGUCAGUGGCAAAGGCCGCCGCCAGAUCCGAAAGGAUCCGUAAGAAGUUGAGCUGGGCCGACAAGCAAUUCCGAAAGUUCACCAGAGAGGAUCCGGUCACGGGCCUUAGGUCCGUCGCACGGUUUUGGCGCGAGAGACUGUGGAGCUCAGUGGACGGGUUCGAGUUGCGCGAAUCCGCCCGCACUCCCGCGUCCACGAAGUGGAUUCGGGAGGAGUCUUCGCAUGUCUCUGGUCGGGACUUCGUGCAGUUCGUCCACACACACAUUAAUGCCCUCCCGUCACGGGUUCGGACAUCCAGAGGGCGCAGGAUUGGUCGUGAGGCGGAGUUGAACUGCCGCGCCGGGUGCGUGGUUAGGGAGACGACGGCUCACACCAUCCAGCAAUGUUGGCGGACGCACGGGGGCCGGAUAUUGCGCCACGAUCGUGUUGUGAAGCUAGUAGCAGACGCGAUGGCUUCAGACCAAUGGUCGGUGGUGACGGAGCCACAUGUCAAGACCUCGAAAGGCCUUCGGAAGCCCGACAUAGUAGCCGCUAAAGGGGGCGUCGGAGUGAUCGUGGACGUGCAGGUGGUCUCGGGCCAGCGGCCUCUCGAUGAUGCUCACCGCUCAAAGGUAGGGAUGCAGGAAUCCAUCGACCGUGUGUUCGAGGUUGCGUCGUCGAUGGGCCUCUUGGUCAAUCAUACCAAGAGCUCCGUCUUGUCGAUGGUGCCAGACGGGAAGCGCAAGAAGCACCACUAUCUGACCGGGAAGAAUUUCCGGAUAGGUCGGAAGUGGCUGCCUCAAACCUCUUGCGUGGAACGUUGGCGCUAUCUGGGCAUCGACUUUCAGGCGUCUGGAUGCGUGACGUUAGAGCAUAAUAUCAAAGUUGCCUUGACCAACAUCUCAAAGGCACCCCUCAAGCCGCAGCAGCGGCUCGAAAUUGUGAGGGGACACCUUAUUCCGAGAUUUUUGCAUGGCCUUGUGCUAGGUAAUAUCUCGGAUGAUAGGUUGUGUAUGCUCGACGUCCAGAUCCGGGGUGCGGUUAGGACUUGGCUGAGGCUCCCGAAGGACGUGCCUGUCGGGUACUUCCAUGCCGACAUCAAGGACGGCGGCCUAGCGAUCCCAUCGCUUCGGGCGACCGUCCCGGACCUCAUACUUAAGAGGUUCGGGCGGCUCGACUCGUCGAGUUGGUCAGUGGCAAAGGCCGCCGCCAGAUCCGAAAGGAUCCGUAAGAAGUUGAGCUGGGCCGACAAGCAAUUCCGAAAGUUCACCAGAGAGGAUCCGGUCACGGGCCUUAGGUCCGUCGCACGGUUUUGGCGCGAGAGACUGUGGAGCUCAGUGGACGGGUUCGAGUUGCGCGAAUCCGCCCGCACUCCCGCGUCCACGAAGUGGAUUCGGGAGGAGUCUUCGCAUGUCUCUGGUCGGGACUUCGUGCAGUUCGUCCACACACACAUUAAUGCCCUCCCGUCACGGGUUCGGACAUCCAGAGGGCGCAGGAUUGGUCGUGAGGCGGAGUUGAACUGCCGCGCCGGGUGCGUGGUUAGGGAGACGACGGCUCACACCAUCCAGCAAUGUUGGCGGACGCACGGGGGCCGGAUAUUGCGCCACGAUCGUGUUGUGAAGCUAGUAGCAGACGCGAUGGCUUCAGACCAAUGGUCGGUGGUGACGGAGCCACAUGUCAAGACCUCGAAAGGCCUUCGGAAGCCCGACAUAGUAGCCGCUAAAGGGGGCGUCGGAGUGAUCGUGGACGUGCAGGUGGUCUCGGGCCAGCGGCCUCUCGAUGAUGCUCACCGCUCAAAGGUAGGGAUGCAGGAAUCCAUCGACCGUGUGUUCGAGGUUGCGUCGUCGAUGGGCCUCUUGGUCAAUCAUACCAAGAGCUCCGUCUUGUCGAUGGUGCCAGACGGGAAGCGCAAGAAGCACCACUAUCUGACCGGGAAGAAUUUCCGGAUAGGUCGGAAGUGGCUGCCUCAAACCUCUUGCGUGGAACGUUGGCGCUAUCUGGGCAUCGACUUUCAGGCGUCUGGAUGCGUGACGUUAGAGCAUAAUAUCAAAGUUGCCUUGACCAACAUCUCAAAGGCACCCCUCAAGCCGCAGCAGCGGCUCGAAAUUGUGAGGGGACACCUUAUUCCGAGAUUUUUGCAUGGCCUUGUGCUAGGUAAUAUCUCGGAUGAUAGGUUGUGUAUGCUCGACGUCCAGAUCCGGGGUGCGGUUAGGACUUGGCUGAGGCUCCCGAAGGACGUGCCUGUCGGGUACUUCCAUGCCGACAUCAAGGACGGCGGCCUAGCGAUCCCAUCGCUUCGGGCGACCGUCCCGGACCUCAUACUUAAGAGGUUCGGGCGGCUCGACUCGUCGAGUUGGUCAGUGGCAAAGGCCGCCGCCAGAUCCGAAAGGAUCCGUAAGAAGUUGAGCUGGGCCGACAAGCAAUUCCGAAAGUUCACCAGAGAGGAUCCGGUCACGGGCCUUAGGUCCGUCGCACGGUUUUGGCGCGAGAGACUGUGGAGCUCAGUGGACGGGUUCGAGUUGCGCGAAUCCGCCCGCACUCCCGCGUCCACGAAGUGGAUUCGGGAGGAGUCUUCGCAUGUCUCUGGUCGGGACUUCGUGCAGUUCGUCCACACACACAUUAAUGCCCUCCCGUCACGGGUUCGGACAUCCAGAGGGCGCAGGAUUGGUCGUGAGGCGGAGUUGAACUGCCGCGCCGGGUGCGUGGUUAGGGAGACGACGGCUCACACCAUCCAGCAAUGUUGGCGGACGCACGGGGGCCGGAUAUUGCGCCACGAUCGUGUUGUGAAGCUAGUAGCAGACGCGAUGGCUUCAGACCAAUGGUCGGUGGUGACGGAGCCACAUGUCAAGACCUCGAAAGGCCUUCGGAAGCCCGACAUAGUAGCCGCUAAAGGGGGCGUCGGAGUGAUCGUGGACGUGCAGGUGGUCUCGGGCCAGCGGCCUCUCGAUGAUGCUCACCGCUCAAAGGUAGGGAUGCAGGAAUCCAUCGACCGUGUGUUCGAGGUUGCGUCGUCGAUGGGCCUCUUGGUCAAUCAUACCAAGAGCUCCGUCUUGUCGAUGGUGCCAGACGGGAAGCGCAAGAAGCACCACUAUCUGACCGGGAAGAAUUUCCGGAUAGGUCGGAAGUGGCUGCCUCAAACCUCUUGCGUGGAACGUUGGCGCUAUCUGGGCAUCGACUUUCAGGCGUCUGGAUGCGUGACGUUAGAGCAUAAUAUCAAAGUUGCCUUGACCAACAUCUCAAAGGCACCCCUCAAGCCGCAGCAGCGGCUCGAAAUUGUGAGGGGACACCUUAUUCCGAGAUUUUUGCAUGGCCUUGUGCUAGGUAAUAUCUCGGAUGAUAGGUUGUGUAUGCUCGACGUCCAGAUCCGGGGUGCGGUUAGGACUUGGCUGAGGCUCCCGAAGGACGUGCCUGUCGGGUACUUCCAUGCCGACAUCAAGGACGGCGGCCUAGCGAUCCCAUCGCUUCGGGCGACCGUUCCGGACCUCAUACUUAAGAGGUUCGGGCGGCUCGACUCGUCGAGUUGGUCAGUGGCAAAGGCCGCCGCCAGAUCCGAAAGGAUCCGUAAGAAGUUGAGCUGGGCCGACAAGCAAUUCCGAAAGUUCACCAGAGAGGAUCCGGUCACGGGCCUUAGGUCCGUCGCACGGUUUUGGCGCGAGAGACUGUGGAGCUCAGUGGACGGGUUCGAGUUGCGCGAAUCCGCCCGCACUCCCGCGUCCACGAAGUGGAUUCGGGAGGAGUCUUCGCAUGUCUCUGGUCGGGACUUCGUGCAGUUCGUCCACACACACAUUAAUGCCCUCCCGUCACGGGUUCGGACAUCCAGAGGGCGCAGGAUUGGUCGUGAGGCGGAGUUGAACUGCCGCGCCGGGUGCGUGGUUAGGGAGACGACGGCUCACACCAUCCAGCAAUGUUGGCGGACGCACGGGGGCCGGAUAUUGCGCCACGAUCGUGUUGUGAAGCUAGUAGCAGACGCGAUGGCUUCAGACCAAUGGUCGGUGGUGACGGAGCCACAUGUCAAGACCUCGAAAGGCCUUCGGAAGCCCGACAUAGUAGCCGCUAAAGGGGGCGUCGGAGUGAUCGUGGACGUGCAGGUGGUCUCGGGCCAGCGGCCUCUCGAUGAUGCUCACCGCUCAAAGGUAGGGAUGCAGGAAUCCAUCGACCGUGUGUUCGAGGUUGCGUCGUCGAUGGGCCUCUUGGUCAAUCAUACCAAGAGCUCCGUCUUGUCGAUGGUGCCAGACGGGAAGCGCAAGAAGCACCACUAUCUGACCGGGAAGAAUUUCCGGAUAGGUCGGAAGUGGCUGCCUCAAACCUCUUGCGUGGAACGUUGGCGCUAUCUGGGCAUCGACUUUCAGGCGUCUGGAUGCGUGACGUUAGAGCAUAAUAUCAAAGUUGCCUUGACCAACAUCUCAAAGGCACCCCUCAAGCCGCAGCAGCGGCUCGAAAUUGUGAGGGGACACCUUAUUCCGAGAUUUUUGCAUGGCCUUGUGCUAGGUAAUAUCUCGGAUGAUAGGUUGUGUAUGCUCGACGUCCAGAUCCGGGGUGCGGUUAGGACUUGGCUGAGGCUCCCGAAGGACGUGCCUGUCGGGUACUUCCAUGCCGACAUCAAGGACGGCGGCCUAGCGAUCCCAUCGCUUCGGGCGACCGUCCCGGACCUCAUACUUAAGAGGUUCGGGCGGCUCGACUCGUCGAGUUGGUCAGUGGCAAAGGCCGCCGCCAGAUCCGAAAGGAUCCGUAAGAAGUUGAGCUGGGCCGACAAGCAAUUCCGAAAGUUCACCAGAGAGGAUCCGGUCACGGGCCUUAGGUCCGUCGCACGGUUUUGGCGCGAGAGACUGUGGAGCUCAGUGGACGGGUUCGAGUUGCGCGAAUCCGCCCGCACUCCCGCGUCCACGAAGUGGAUUCGGGAGGAGUCUUCGCAUGUCUCUGGUCGGGACUUCGUGCAGUUCGUCCACACACACAUUAAUGCCCUCCCGUCACGGGUUCGGACAUCCAGAGGGCGUAGGAUUGGUCGUGAGGCGGAGUUGAACUGCCGCGCCGGGUGCGUGGUUAGGGAGACGACGGCUCACACCAUCCAGCAAUGUUGGCGGACGCACGGGGGCCGGAUAUUGCGCCACGAUCGUGUUGUGAAGCUAGUAGCAGACGCGAUGGCUUCAGACCAAUGGUCGGUGGUGACGGAGCCACAUGUCAAGACCUCGAAAGGCCUUCGGAAGCCCGACAUAGUAGCCGCUAAAGGGGGCGUCGGAGUGAUCGUGGACGUGCAGGUGGUCUCGGGCCAGCGGCCUCUCGAUGAUGCUCACCGCGGGGAGUUUGACUGGGGCGGUACAUCUGUCAAAGAAUAA